AAGGUGGCUGCUAGAUAAGAACUGGCUGGCCCUGCUUGUCCGUUUGACGCCCACCAAGUUUGCCAACGACCAGUCUCAUCAAAAUGAUCAAUAGGAAAGCAUCGUUACUGUCCGAAGUAGGAACUGUUGCGCUGUUGCUGUUGGCACAAUUAUUAAGCCUAAUGCGACCGACGGUUGGUACCAAAAUUUGGGUGCCAACCGUAGACAUUACGCACGGCAGCAACUGGAUAACGGGUCAAUUUCCGUCGCCUGGCCAUGCCAUCGUCUUCCCUGCCAAACUGAACGCCAUCAUUGCGUUGCCCUCCAGCGUGAUUAGCGUGUCCUCACUCGUGCUACCUCAACAAGGUGCCCUACUCUUUCCCGACCAUUCGUUUGUGCUCAGUGUGGUCUCUUUGAAGGCAACAGAAAUGUCGGUGUCAGUGUUUAGGGCUCCCGGCCGUUCGCCGUACUAUUCGGGCAGAAACUGGGCCACAUACGACGAGAGCGUUGGUUUCCAGGAACCGCCGAGAUUGAACGAAGCCGUGCCUCAUGUUGAACGGGUUCCUUGCCAAUACGAAAGGGCUCUGUUCCCGAUGGAACCUUUGGGUGCACGGACACCGCAGCCGAUCGACAUGCAGUACCACGAAUCGAUAGAAGUGGGCAGCAUCCAGAUAGGGACGGGUUCAGCCGGAGGAUUCAACAUCUUUCAGACCUUCCUCAGGUCGGAGUUGGGUCAGUAUCUGUUCUACAACGCGGAUGAUACGAUCGCCCAGCCGGGAAAGUGUCCGAAUGCGGAAAAGUGUCCCUGCCAGGAAGAACAUCAGAUGGACGCAAUUUGCUCAAACGAACGUCCAUGCUCGAUUCCGCACUGCCUACAUCCGAUUCAACCGACGGGCCAUUGCUGCCCGUUGUGCGGGAGUCUUUUCAAGAUGGACAUAGCGACGUUUCGAGGUACGUUUGAUCUUCGAUCGUUCAGCGAUAAGCUGCGUCGCAAGAUUUCUUCCGGCGAGGUGGACGAUGCAGAAAUAGAUUAUCACGUGGGAAUAGACCGAACCGGAGGUGCAAACAUCGUGCAGGUGGUGAUCGUCGACCGCGGUGAAUACCGCGAAAAGAGCCGCCAAAUGAUGAACAGUUUGCAGCCGUUCUUUGACAAACAAUUUUCCUUCGGAUACCAGAUACUGCACUCCGGACAACCCCAUACCUCGCUUGACGGUGGCCAAGUGUUUGGGUUUGUCAUCGUGACCCUUCUGGCCACAACUAUGUUCUUCACUAUCCUUUACGUGUAUUACUACGACGAAGGACUAGCUCCGAGGCUUCGGGCAGUGGUACGCAAUCAGAACUGUUUUGCGACGCCGUUCGUCUUCGCUCGCUUUGACCCCAACAGUGAAGCGGAUGGACUUUCGGUAGAUGUGAACUUUACUCCACCGGGACGGACCCCAUCAUCACCGGAGAGUGCGUCGACGAUCACCGAUGGACUGUUGAAUGCCACGUCGUUCGAUAACCCAAUGUACGGGAGUGGGACCAAAGAAGAACCUCUUGCGGAAGCUUUUGAUGAUGUAGAGUUGCAUGUUAAAUAGUGAAGCUUCAUUACCUUUCCACGCACAUCGCCAAUAAUAUCGUGUUUAUCUCGCAAACGCUCCAAUCCUUUCAACAUGUACGUUCCCACUUCCAGCGAGUUCUUCUGCAGGGCUUCCUC